UGACAAAUAAACAUUAAUGGCUGCCAAUCUCAACGAAGCAGUGGGAUUUUUUCCAAUUUUUCAUUUUCGCUCCAAUUUGCAAACUUUGACAAAUUAAGAUUAAAGUAAACAAAACAGUGUAUAAAGUGCAAGUUUCUUAAGGGAAACGAAUACCGAAUAUAGGCAUUAUGUGGCCGCAAGCACUACAAAUGACCAGAGACGAAUGUCGAGGCAUUUUACGGAGACUUGAGCUGGAAUCGUAUUCUCAAGUAAUAAGUGUGUUUCGCGCUCAAGGAGGUCUGAGUGAAGCCAAGGCUAAAUUGUUAGAGGAAUUGCGUGGUAUAUUUCACAUAUCAACAGAGCGACACCGAGCAGAAGCCAGACGUGUUGCCAAUGAUGAACAAUUGGCUACAAUUGCUGAAGCCAUAUCUGGCCCAAACACUUGGCAAGAAUGGUCGCGUGAAGGUAGACGUCCUUAUCCGAUGUUGCCACGUGUGGCUCCCCAAACAGCCUUAGCCUUAAUAGCCAAUAAUGUAGCGGAGGAAACUGCUAGUGAAAACCAAAAGCUACCGUAUCCCGCUGAAACUGGCGAGGCCAUCAAGGAGGAACAGCAACACAUAGAGAAGCAAAGACCAACAGAGACAGUGGAACGUAAUAACUACAUAGUAACCAGUGAUCCGUUUAAAAUACCACAAAUACCAUCCGGUACCGGCAAGAAGAAUUUAAAACGCAAUAUUAAUGAUCAAAAUCAGAAUAUUAGUGGUUCUGGUUCGGGUAAAAAACGAGCUAUAAGUGAAAAUUCUCCACAGAAGAAUCAUCAGCAUUCGGCGAAUCGACAACUAUAUCCACAUAUUACAGCGAAUUCGCCUCAAGUGAAUAACAACGUUACGACAUCCACCAGCCAUGAACAGAAGACGAAACAACAGCAACAAGCUGCUGCCGCAGCUGCUGCUCAACAACAACAUUUACAAAAGCAACGUUAUUUCCAUCAUCAACAACAAUUGACCAAACAGAAAAUGGCUAAGAAGGCAGCUGCUGCUGCGGCCAAUAGUAAUGCAAACAAGAGGCAAGCAACGCCUGCAAAAAGUGGUCGAAGAGCUCAACAGAAGCUAUUUUUGGAACAGCAACAACAGCAAUUGACCCUUAAACAAAUGGGCGAACAGCAACCACAGAAUUUAGCACUUAGCGGAUCAAUGCACAUCGAUCUGACAUCGUCCUCAUCACCACAACCAAUUGCCGUGAAUUCUGUAUUGACCCAACAACAAAACGAUCUACAGUUUCUGACAUAUGCUACCCAGAAUGUGCCACCACAACAGAUUCUAAUGGAUGAACAACAAUCUGCUGCUCAAACUCAAAUACAUGUAUUGCCUGCGACUGUGACGAAUCAGCCACCAUCUGUGGCGCCUUUAAUAUCAUCAACGCCAUCGUUAAUGCCGCCAUCAACCCCUACCCCACAAAUUGCAGCUUCCAAGCGUGAUGUCUCGAAAAAUCAUAAUAAAUUACACCACCUGCAACAGCAACAGCAGACUCAGCAUCAUGUUCCCAUUUCCUUCCCCUCCGGUACGCCUUCUGUUAUAUCCUCGCAUGACAUGCAAAGCAGUAUAAGUACGAUAUUAACCUCCCAAUCGCCUGCGAUUAAGCCAUCUACGGAAAAAUCUUUGAUCUCUACCACGCCAGUGCAAAAGUAUAUUGUGGAAGAACGUCAGCCGGGUGUAAGUACAGCUCCCGGCACUAUUGUUAGUCUGCAAAAUUCUCAAAAUCCAACAGCGAUAAAUGCUUCGGGUUCCACGCAUAUAAUACAGGUAUCGAGCGCCAGCGGCCAGACCUCCCAAAUAAUGGCAUUGCCACAAUUUUCUGCAGCAGCUACAAAAUUACGGGCGGUGAAUACUACGCUUAUAGCUCCGGGAGCAAAAAUUUCGCCCACAACCAAUAAGAAAAUCACAACCAUAACGUCUCCGCUGUCACCAAUCAAUGCAGGGGCGUUGCAUGAGCUGGCGAAUGUGGCCAGUACCCAGAGUCAGGUUUUACACAUCGUCGAAACCUCGCAAGGUGGCAGCUCUACGAAUUCCACGAAUAGUACAUCGUUUGCUACGUCGCUGCAGACGCCACCUGCUGUUAUUCAAAUACAGAGUAAUACAACUGGUGUCGGUGCUGUCUCUUCCUCUCCCGAUAAUGCUGCCGCUGUUCCCGCACCAGCGGCCACGUCACAGAGUAAGGUAUUGACAACAACAAUUCUACCUUUGGUUUUAUCCGGUGGCUCUGGUAACAUUGUUAGCAGCUCCGGUAGUUCUCCAUCCAUAAGUAAUGCGCCGAUCAUAAUCGGCGGAUCAACGUGUUCAACACCCGGUAGCGUUGUGACGACAUCGGUCACAACAACAACUGCAACUACCACAUUUAUUAAGAAUCUUCCCUCGACAGUAGUGUUAAAUACCAACACAAACAGCUUGACGCCAGUUACCGUUACGGGCACUAUAUUCUCCACGCUGGGCGCCGGAGCUACAGUGUUCCGUAAACCCCCAAAUUUGUUGAAAACAUCUGUUGCCACCGUCACGUCCACCUCCAAAAGUACAACUGCAGUUUCCGGUGCUCCUCAUAUUAUUAGCAAUGUAAAGCUAACUCCUAUGAAUGUAAGCACAACGAACGCCGUUGUGACACCACUUUGCUCAGCAAAUUCAACGUUUAAGAAUGUUUUGCCUACCACAUCGGGUAUGAUGAGAACGAGUGUCAAGAUUUGUCAAUCACCCAAUGGAAAAGUGGUCAUACAACCUGCAAGUUUAAUGGAUGGCUCAAAAGUGAAGAUGAAUACUUCCGCCCUGUCACACAAGAUACUGACAAAUGCUGGUGCCGGCAAUUCAGCAACGGGUACCUCGGUUUCCAGUGGAACGGGAACGGGUCAGCGCAUUGCCAUACAAAAAGUACAAAUUAUUCCGGCGCCACUGGGAUCACCAGCUGGAACAACCCAUAUUCAGGGCGGCACAAACGCUUUGGGAACUAAGACCACAACGCUGACGGGUAAAAGCAAUAUGAUCUUUAUGCCUUCAUCAGCAACUACGAAUGUCGUCCGACCAGUAACACUAUCCAAAAUGGGCAAUAACAUAUUGUUAAAAUCGUCCGCAAGUGCCCAACUGGUCAGUUCUCCAGACGGAAAUAAUGCAGCGAAAACAAAUAUAGUUGUUUUGGGACCAUCCUCCAUACAGACACAAAAUGCCAAUUCUAGCACAUCAACAUCCGCUCUUAAAGAAAGCCUCACUCAGAAUAAAAUUGAAAUGAGCAGCAGCACUUCAUCGUUUAUGAACGAAGAUGCGCCGUUGGAUAUAUUAAAUAUGCCUAUAGUGAUGGAUCCAGGUGUAGGUGUAGCUACGGGUGAGGGUGGAGAUACUGUAACAGUAUUAUCCGCAGGAAAUAUAAUAGAUAGCAAUUCAACAAACACAUCCACAACUCCAAUUAUAGUUGAGCAGGGUAGCUCCCAACACCUGCCAUUGUCAACGUCCACCCAACAAACGGUUAUUUUGGGUGCAACCGACUGGGAAAUGGAAUUAGACCAGGCAAUAACAACGGCGGCAAAUAACAAUAACGCCACCGUGCAGUACCAAAAAUCCGGCACAACAACUAAACAGAAAAGAACCAUAUCAACAUCAUCGACUUCGAACGCCUCCUCAGCGCUCUGUGUGGCAUCAGCAAAUAAGGCAAAACGUCUAAACAGUGAAUUGAUUUCCAUUGAAUUGAAAUCGAGUAGGAACCUCUCAUCUGGACAUGUGAAAGCGUUAGCUAACAACGCCAACAACAUUAUUGUUGUUGAUAGCUUUGAUGAUGUCAUUGUGGAAGAACACGAAGAUGAUUUGACUUCGUCCUGCUCUACAACCGUGGAACAAGCGGCCAACGCUUCUGAAUCCGUAGCAUCUGGGACCAACGAAGACGACCAACCAAAAAUCUUAGAUAUGCAAAUUUAUCAACAUCAUGACGGUCGUGUUGAUGGUGUUAAGUCACAAAUAUCCAUUGUUGCCGAAAAUGUAGGUGAACAACAGCAGCAGGGUUCGACGAAUGUGUCUCCCAUUCAGUCGGAGAGUAGACAGAGACAAGUGCAAACGAAUUUCACGGCAUCACAACAGCCGGAACGACAACGUCAACAGCAAAUGGAAUGUGAAGUAGAUGCUGGAUUUGACGAAACAAUAGUUUCAGAAAUCGAUGAAAACACCGCAAUAGAAUACAUUGAAGAAGAUGGGGCUGUUACUUCGUCGACACUGGCCACAUCUUCGUCAACAUCGUCUACGUUGCCAAAAGUGACAACAACCUAUGAAUCCACACAAUCUAUAGCAAAGGAACCAUCAACCGAAUCAGUAACUUUAGCCAAAGCUCUUAGUUGUAGUGGUGUUAGUAGCACCACAAACCCCAAAUCAUCCUCCCUAAAGACCAGCAAUAUUGGAAUAAAUGCAUCUGUCACCACCACCUCGGUCCACAAAACCAAUAAAGAGCUAAACAUUACAACUGAAACAGUGUUAAAUAACUCAACAAACCCCCAAAUUCAGCAGCUACAGCAAGAUACACAAGCCAACAACAGUGGUAGUACACAGGUUGAACCUUAAAAAUGUUUUGCGAUAAUUUUUCUCUAAUAUUAAGCUAUAAUCUUAAGGUUUGUUUUGUUUUUGUUUUCAUUUGUACAACUAUUCGCAAACGCAUCAAGCAUUUUUCAUAAUGUAUAACAUUUUUUACAUUUACGACAACACACACACACAUACUCGUUUAAAACAUUUGUUACAUAGUUUCUCAUCAAUUCAUUGAUAUUGUAAUGCAGCAACAUAACGCACAUUAGCUAACAUUCAUUACGAUAUCCAUACAAACAUACCACGCGAUCACUUUGUUGCAUAUGCACUUUUAUCAACCCGCUCUGCUCAUCAUGGCAAAAGUUUAUUUUAUUAUUUCUUUACAACCACCCACCUAAUCCUCCACUCAUCUAAUGUUAUGAUUUGAAAAUUAAUUGCUUCAUUUCGUUUUUUUUAAUUCUAAUUUAGAUUAGUUUUAUGAAAUUUUAAAACUUUACAAAAGUUUGUAUAUAUUAUAACAGUUUUAUAUAAGAUUGUAAAUUUUAAUUAAAAUUUGUUUUCGUUUUUCAUUUUAAUAUUAAAUUCACUCACCUAUUGCCGUCGUGUCAUCCUUAUUUGAUGGGGAUGGCAGUGCAUAUUGUGAAUGAAUUAAGAAUUUAAUUAAAUAUAUCUUUAUUUUUUUUCUUAAUAUGAAUCUUAAGAGAAGCAACAUCAUAAAAAAUGUGAAUCAAAGCGAGAUUAUAGGAUAGCUGAAUAAUACAAAUUUUACAUAGAUACAUACAUAAAUAUGUAUUUCUUAUUUCCCCCGCCCUUUUUUAUUGUAAGUAUGUAUAGAGGAAACAACAACCUAGCUACACAAACAUAACAUUAAAUGGUUUGUAUAAAACAAGAAAUAAAUAAAUAAAAAAACCACAAUCUUCUUUAA